AUGCAGGGAUACUUCCCUGACAACGUCUCUCUCAACGACAUGCAGGGAUACCUCCCCCAGUCCAUGGCCACCAUGGCUAGCCUUGAGAUCUUCGACUACGACCUGAAUCUGUGGUCGUGCCCGGCACGCGGCUCAUGCAACAUCACGCCCAUCAACUCAACUGUCCUCUGCACCGACUGCUCCGGAUUCUGCAUCUCAUGCUCCUCUGCAGGUACCAACACUAGCAGCACCCCCUCCAGUGGAACCUCCUAUCACACCGCCUGUAGUCGAUUCUCCCCCUCCUCCACUCCCCUCCCCUCCCCCUCCAUCCGCCCCUCCCCCUGCCCCUCCCCCUGCCGAACCUCCUGUAUAUCCUCCCCCUCCUCCUCCCUCCCCUCCUCCUCCCUCUCCCCCUCCCGCUCUGCCUCCCGCCGCCCCUCCUGCCGAACCUCCCUCUCCUCCCCCGCCUCCCCCCUCCCCUCCUCCAAAGCCGAAACUCUCUCCCCCCUGAAGCCUAAACUCUCCCCUCCUCCAAAGCCCAAAAUCUCCCCUCCCCCCUCUUCUCCUCCCCCUUCUCUUCCUUACCCUCCUCCUCCCCCUUCUCUUCCUUACCCUCCUCCUCCCCGUGCCAUUAGCCCCACUCUUCCCCCUAGCGCCACCCCUUCCCCCAGUCCCCCCCCUUCCCCCAAUUCCAAUCCCCCCACCACUGACGCAUCCCCACCCAUCUCCCCCUCUCUUAGCCCUCCCCUUCCCCCUUCCACCGCCCCCCCUGUGAACGAGAUGGCCACGAAGCACCACCCCAACCUCGUGCGUCUCCUGGGAUACUGCAUUGACGUGGAUGUGGCAGCAGAGCGCACUGAGCAGAUUGUGAUCUAUGAGUUUAUGGAAAAUGGCGACCUCGAGCAGUGGAUCGGACCAGGUGGGUGGUGGGUGGGUGAUAUCGUCAUCCAUGAGUUCAUGGAGAAUGGGGACCUCGAGCAGUGGAUUGGACCAGGUAGUGGGUUCUGCAUUACCAUCUGGUUGGGUGUGAACACCUUACAUGGUUCCAUAGCAGAGCGCACGGAGCAGAUUCUCAUCUAUGAGUUCAUGAAGAAUGGCGGCCUCGAGCAAUGGAUUGGACCAGGUGGGUGCUUUGGUACAAACUAUUGCAGUUUCAACGUUUGA